GUCUUAAUACAAGAAAAAUCACCAUAUGCAGGAUCGUACGAUCACGUGAUAUUUGUUCUGUGUCUGCUAUUGAAAAUCCGUCUAGUCCGAGUCAGUUGAGAGAAAAGAACUAGAAUAAUGGCCGGAAUACAAGACAACCAUGAGGAUAUUUUAGAUCCCAGACGGAAAGGAUCAGACAUUCGAUUUGCAUUGCAGACAUUGCGGGGUGUGCCAGAAUACAAGUAUAUCAAUCAACAGACCCCCAAAGAAGUGAAGGAACAGGUUCUAAAGUCGCAGAGACUAAGGCAUGUUAUUGAACAGCUUUCAUCAGAGAAAGGUUUAGAGGAAGAUGUAAUCUACAAGGAAGCUGAUGCCAUUUUGGAGGAGAUGGGUCAUAACCUCAACAUGACCACAUUGCGCUCCCUAGCAACCAUCUUUGCCAACAUUUUUCGCCAGCUCUUCAGGCACAUUUAUGUCAACCAAAGUGGAAUUCAAAAGAUGAGAGCACUGAUGAAGGAAUCACCGGUUGUGCUUCUACCAACACAUCGCAGCUAUCUGGAUUUCCUUCUGAUGUCUUACAUCUUAUUCCAUUAUCAUCUCCCUCUUCCUUUCAUUGCUGCAGGAGCAGAUUUCAUGCAAAUGAAGUUUGUUGGUGAGAUCUUGAGGAGGUGUGGUGGUUUCUUCAUCAGACGAUCAUUUGGUUCUGACCGUCUCUACUGGGCAGUCUUCACAGAGUAUGUUCAGAUCAACCUUACUAACAGUGAGGGUCCUCUGGAGUUCUUUGUUGAAGGAACCAGAAGCCGAACAGGAAAGUUCCUAUCACCAAAACUAGGUUUGCUGUCUGUUGUUGCUGAGCCGUUUCUGAAGGGUGCAGUUCCUGACGUUACACUGGUACCUAUCAGUAUCAGCUAUGAAAGGAUUGUAGAGGAGAAAUUACAUGCUCAAGAGAUGUUAGGCAUACCUAAACCUAAAGAAUCAACUUCAGGUUUGUUGAAAGCUAGGAGCAUUUUCCAAGAGGAUUUUGGUAGCAUCGUAGUUCAUUUCUGUGACCCUAUCUCACUGAGAGAUCAGAUGAAAUCCAUUGAUCGAUCCAGACAUAAUCUUAUCCCCAGGUUCAUAUUCUCUGCAACCCCAGAGGAGCAGAGGUUGAUUGGUAGUGUUGCUCAAGAUGUGCAGCAGGUCCAACGAGACCACAUGAUCAUGUCACCAUGGGUACUGUGUGCUGCCUGCUUGCUUCAACGGCCUGACUCCUACACUCUAAGGGAACUCACCAGUCAAGUAGCAUGGCUCAAGGAUAUGAUCAGACAGUACGGAAUUCAGGUCGACUGGCCAGUUGGAACGGGAGCUCAGGACAUCAUCCAUUCAGCAUUUAAGAUUCACCACAGCCUAGUCAAACAGCACAAAGAUGGAGAAAUAACUUUCAGCCGUUCUCUACACAGUCCAAAUGCCUCUGUGGAUACAUCAACAAGAGAGGGCGUGCUAACACAUGCAGCUGUUCACAUGGACAUUGCUAUGUAUCGUAAUUACCUGGCUGCUUCCCUUGCUGUGCAGGGGUUGGUGUCUCUCUCCUUCUGUGGCUUAGACAAAUGCUCUCAAGAUGAGCUUUAUGAACAGUAUCAGUUCCUUGUGAAGCUGUUUACUGAAGAAUUCACAUCAAAUCCCAGCCAUUCAAAACAGAAAUUUGAUCGCACUGUUUCCCUAUUGGUUGCAUGUGGUGCAUUAGACCAUGAUAGAGAAGAAGUGAGAGUAACUGCCAAGGGAGAAAGAGAGAUUGCUUUCUUCACAGACAUGAUGUCACCGUUUCUUCUUGGAUACUGGCUGGUAUGUCAGUACCUGAUGGCACAUCCUUCAUCUCCUCAAGGUGUGCCGAUCAAACAAACUGCUAAAGAUAUCCAGAUGAGGAUAGCUACUAUCAUCUCACAGGGUAAAUUGCAUCACUAUGAGAUACUUUCUCUGAAUUUACUCACCAAUGCACUGACUGCCCUUACGCAUAUGGGCAUCCUAGUCAGAGAAAAGAGUGACAACGGACCUCUCAUCUCCUGGUCUGCAGAGUCAGUUUCUAGAGUAGCAGACAAGAUCAGUGAGUUUAUUCAGGUACCAACAGACAUGACAUCAUUCUCCCAGCCAGGUGAAGUAGCCCUGACAGCCAAAUUAUGAAACCCUUCACAAAGUAAGCGCAUGCUACCAAAGAGUUUUAGUCACAGCUUUGAAGUAAAGAAAAGUCAUGGGUUAUAUUUCUUUUUAGGUAAUCUAACACAGUUAUUUGACUGUUUCAUGCUACAGAAUAUUGUUUGCAUCAUAAGUCAUAGGUUAUUUCUACUUUUCUAGGUAUUCUAAUACAAUUACUUUUAAUGAAUGAAGAUCCAAAUUUAUGUAAUUGCCGACCAAAUUUUUAAACCCUGAUUUUCUGCAGUAUUUUGUGAUGUCAGUAUUAUGAGCCACAGAUGAAUUUUCAGCAAAAUUUUAUGGAUUACACAAAGCCAAACACAAGCAAUAAUUUUAGAACAUGACACUUUUUUAUGAGCCGUAACGUUUUAGUGGUUCACUUAUGCCUGAUUAAAUUUGAAUUUGCUUUUCAUUUUCAAUUAAAAUGAACAUUCAUUUAAUGUCACAUUUCAUGUAUUCAAGCAAAAUAUUGUGUCUCUGAUUUGAUAGCUUAUCAUUUUUUUAAACUUCUCUAACAUAGACAACCUGUAAGUGAAUUCGGUGCUGAAUGAGAGCUUUACAAACCCUUUGAAUUGAGUCAUAGUGUAACAGAGAUAUGACCAAAGAAAAUCCUACAAUUUUACUUUAGGGUUUGAUAUUAUGGUCCCUUUUUUACAUCACAGUACAUGAAGUGUUCAAUGGCCUUUACUUAAU